AUGAGCACCGUCAAUAACAGGAACAAUUUUCAAGUUUCUAGAUACCGCCUCACACUCAGGAGGGAGGAGGGCGGACCCCAGCAGCCUGAUGACAGCCACCUCCUAACUCAGGGCUCCUCUGCUCUGCUGUGUCCCCCACACGUGCAGGUUGACAGCACCCUGGUCACCUGGCCCUGCGGGAACCAGGCAGCUGCUGUCAAGUCCAGACACUUCCCUGGCUGCUGCUUUGGCUGGAAUGUGCUUAAUUACGCCUGCGCAAGACGAGGGGUCCCACACCUUUUCCCAGCAUCGCUCUGGUCUGCGCGAUCCAACCAACGGUUCAGAACGCGCUGCUGCUUGAUCCGUUACCCCCGUGCCUCUGGGGAGGUGGGUCUGACGCCGGUUUUCCUGUCUCCUGGCUUGGCUGCUUUGGGAGGGACUCCUGUGUUGGCUGCGAACCUCGGCGUCUCAGCCUUUUGCUUUCCUGCGCGUCGUCGGGCAAACCAGCCUGAUUCAGGACCCCCCAGGCUGGGGCUGCUGGGCACACGGUACACAUUCCUAAGCGCAAAGACGAUGGCAGCUUUGCCGAAAAGCCCUAGAAUGCUGAGACUAGCAGGAAGUUUUGGGCAACACGGAUAUCAAGUGGGAUGUCCAUCCGUUUCGGAGCAUGUGAGUGCUUUGUUGCUGUGUCUGCAGAGGAGCAUUCAGUUGUAUGGCUGGACCACCGGUGGGUGAUUCAUUCCUCAGUGUUUGGACAUUUGGAUUGGUUCCAAGUUUUGGCUGUUGUGAACAAUGCUGCUAUAAACAGACUUUAAUAAAACGUUGGCUGGGCCCAUGUUCUCAUGUCUCGCAUGUGGACACCCAGGGCAGGGAUGAGUGGAUCGUAUGGCAAGUGGAAGUUGAACUUUUGAGAAAGCUCGAAACUGUUUCCCUGCGUGGCUGCACCAUUUUACAUUCCCACCAGCAAUGGGUGACCCUCCCAGGUUCUCCAUAUCUUGUCCAACGUUUGGAUAUUUUUAGUCUUUUUGAUGAUGGCCAUCCUAGUUGGUG